AUGGCUUGCGCAGAAGAGGAGGAGAUUCAAAAUGGUUCGCGGCCCAUGCCAAGAUGUGACAAGACCUCCCAUACGCCGUAUGUCUACCCAGAUUGCAAGCAUACCCGGGAGGUCACUUGCUACUUCCUUGCCGAGUACAAGCGAGAGCCAAGCAAGGUCCCAAAGUGUGAACACUUAGUCGAAUACCUUCCUGAUUGCGGUCACUGUAUUUCAGUGAAAUGCAGCUUUAAGUCAGCGUACCUGCGCAGCGCAGCACAAUUUGUUUGCCCACAGAAGCUUGAUAUUGAUCUCCCACGAUGUGGCCAUCCUGCCAAGGUCUCAUGUGCCGAGGAGCAGUCGUUGCGAAGCUGGACUGGAGGCCGAUGUGGUGAUGGUAUGGUGCGAGAAGGAGAAGCCUAUGGCCCAUUGGACCAUGUUUGCGACAAAAUUGUGACCUUUGUACGCAGAUGUGGGCACGAGGAAAAGGUCAAGUGCGGGAAAGCAUUUGAUUUGGCAAAUGUGCGAUCUCAUUGCAAAGAGACAGUGCCAAUUACACAUCCACAUUGCGGUCACGAAUGCAAAACAGCGUGUCAUCAGUCGCAAGAAUAUGCUCAUCUUCCACGACCACAGGGAAGUGUGGACAGUUUGGAAGAAGCCGCGCUUCACGGUUCAUCGCCACAAUUGCCUGGACUAACCUGCACCGCAGAGGUUCUUGUGAAGCGAAAGUGUGGGCAUGAGAUCCGCGUGAAAUGCCAUUUGAAGACUUCACCCCUUCCUUUGUGCAAAGAAACCUGCGCUGUAUUCAGUCCCAUGUGCGGUCACGAAGUCUUUGUUCCAUGUCAUCAACUGGAUGACAUGAGAAGGUGGCAAUGCUGGGAACCCGAGGUGGUCGCGCAUUUGCAAAAGCACGCAGAGCUACCUGCCCACGCCAAGCCUCAAGAACUCAGCAGUCCUCAAGAAUUGCUGAAUGUGGCAAAGACUUGCAAGAAAGCUGUGAAGGUGACUCGUGCUUGUGGCCACCACGUUGACUAUGAUUGCAAGGAAUUGACAAAGAUAUUGAAGGAUGGGACUGUGAAAGGCCAGUGCUACGAGAAGGUUGAAAAGCCUUUAAGAUGUGGCCACAUGGCAAAAGCCAAGUGUUACGAGCACCAGAAGUAUCAAGAUGGCAAAGACAACAUCAAAUGCACAGAAAAGGCGAUCAGGCCAUGCUGGAACUCGUCCACAUGUGGGUCGAGCCGCUUGAUGGUUCAAUGCGCGUCGACUUCAAAGAUUUGCUGCGGAACGGAAUCAACAUGGAGAUGUCCAGCAGAUCGUCACAGCUAUCAGUUGAAACUAUGUAAAGAUGGGACCCCCAGCGCUUGCCCGGGCUGCCAACAAGACACCGCAAAUGCACAGAUCCAGGAGAUCACAAGAGCUUUGCAAACUGAUGUUCCUUUGGAUUGUGAGCUAAACCCAUGCUUUUUGGAGACCACCACCACCAAAGUGCCUUUCUUUAGCAAGUCGAUGUGCUUCGCAGAGGAAGUUCACAACUUCGAUCCGGCAUCAUUUUCCACAGAGUUUCGAUCAGCGCAGCUAGAGCUUCUCCAAGCAUUCCAAGAAAAGGAGGAUCAAAAGCUUUGGGAUCGACAACUCUUCGAGCCCAAGUUGAUCCCUGUCUUUUGCUGCUUGAAGAAUCAGAAGCAGUCCAUCCAAGGAUUCUCUUUGCGCAAACAAGUGAGGGCCGACACUUUGGAUGGGAUUCAGGUACACCGUUUGACACAUGGAAAUUUGAAGGCAUUGGAGGAUGCAGAGGAGACACAGUUGGUGGUCGGAUAUCUUUACACCCUCCGAUGCUGUCAUGAGUUCUGGCCGAAUGAAUCGAACCAAAAGAAUCAAAAGAAAAAGAAGGCCCUGGUGCAAAGUUGGCGUCAGAGUUUUGAUUGUUUCGAAGAAAAGGCCGCGAAAGCACCACGUCGCUUGGUCGUAUGGCCACCGUUUGCCAUUUACAUGACGCAUGGCCUGAAGCUCUCGAAAGCAUCCCUGAGGAAGGCCGCUUCCCUACUGGAGGGCCAGCGCGAUGUUGACUUGGUGCCUCUGCAGAUCACUCUUGCAAAGCCACCAUUUCCAGUGCAGCCAGCUUCAGCGGCUCCUGAGCCAGCGUGGGAAGCAGAUGACCGAUAUCUCCACCUUGAGGAGCUGCAAGACACGCCAGCAGCUGAGUUGGUCUUCCCAACCGAAUGGAGUGGAUCAUUGAUUUCAGGCGAUCUCACAGAACGUCAUGAUUCGGAACUCAAACAGAAGCUUUCCUUCAUCAACAAAGCCGCCACCCCCUUUGCUGGGAAGAACCUUUUGGAUCAACUGGCGAAGUCGCUUGAAGUGUCUGGAAGCACAACAUCAUCAAAAGGAGCCACAUCAAAUCAUCUGGAUUUACUUUUUGCUUUGGAGCUCUACAACACCGACUCUGAGAGGUCCAAAGAGUACUUGGAGAAGUACUUGGCCUGUACCAAAGCCAGCGCGAGGCCAGAAGCUCAUCCUUUGCUGCUCCUGGCAAUGUACCGCAACACCAAGAGCCAAAACAUGUUGGAAGCACUACAGCGCUACCCAGCCUUAGAGGCCUUACUGAACCAUGAGGAAAAGGCUCAAGUGGAGGGCGUCGCUGCCAGCGCAUUGGAGCCGGCUGAGAUGUGGGAAGAAAUGAAAGAGACCAAAGGCUGCUGCUCAGAAGCCAUGGACAAGCUGAUGGCAUUGACAGGAAUCAAGAAAGUGAAGGCCACAGCUGUGGCGCUCUACAAGUCAGCUUUGCAGUUUAAGAAGAUGAGCCCUGAAAUGCAGAAGGCGAAUGCCAUGGCCUUGAACUAUUGCUUCCUUGGAAACCCUGGAACAGGGAAGACGACUGUAGCCAGAUUAUUUGCAGCUGUCUUGCACGAUUCUCAAUUGCGAAGCCAGAAUGUUUUCCAGGAAUGCGGGGCACAGAAGGUGAAGGACGACGGGAUCGAUGAAUUCAGAAAGCUUGCGCAAGCCGCCAUGGAUGGCGUGCUCUUCAUUGACGAGGCAUACGACUUGGAUCCGCUUGGGGAUAAGUUCAAAGGUGCACCAAUUGUGAAUGAAUUGGUCACCCUCACCGAGAACGAGCGGGAUCGGUUGACCGUCAUUCUGGCAGGAUACGAGGAUGACAUGAACAACAAGUUUUUCGCCUACAAUACAGGAUUGAAAAGCCGCUUUCAUGAAGUGAUUUUUGAAGAUUUUGAUGAAGCGGAGCUGUCUCAGAUUUGGUGCCAGAACAUGCAGCAGCGCGGGUGGACCGACGAAGACCCUCGCCUGACGAGCGUCGCAGUGAGGAGGAUUUUGAAGAGUCGAGGGAAGAAGGGCUUCGGCAAUGCCAGAGAGGUGCGAAAGAAGAUCGAAACGGCCACAGCUGUUGCCAUGAGCCGGGAGGACUUUGAGCCAUCGAGCAUGAUUCUUCGCUUUGCUGACGUGGUUGGAGAGGACCCUCGCGGUAACGCCAAAUUGAAGACUGUUCUGGAUAAAAUGGAGAAGAAGAUCGGCUGGAAGAAGAUAAAAGAGGCCGUUAAGGAGCUCAUUACUGUGUGCGGCACCAACUAUCAGCGUGAACUUGACGGUCAAGCUCCGCUACCCGUUUUCCUGAAUCGGCUUUUUCUGGGAAAUCCUGGCACAGGCAAAACCACCUGCGCCAGCAUGUAUGGAGAAAUAUUGAAGCACUUGGGCUUUUUGACUUCUGGCGAAGUGGUCUUCAAGACUGCUGGUGACAUGGGUGGUGCAGUUGUCGGAGAAGCGCAGCAAAAGGUCCUCAGCAUUCUUCAGUCGGCUGCAGGGAAAGUCCUGGUCAUUGACGAGGCUUAUAACUUGGAUGAUAACCUCUAUGGCAAGCAGGUGUUGGAUGUGUUGGUGGAGAAGAUCCAAGGAACGGAGAAUGAUGACAUCGCGGUCUUGCUGCUGGGCUAUGAGGAACCCAUGUCGGCAAUGCUGCGAAAUCAGAACCCUGGAUUGGCAAGGCGAUUUCCCUUAGAGAUGGCGUUCCGAUUCGAAGACUACAAUGACCAGGAGCUAAUGGAAAUCUUGCGCUUAAACUGCAAGCAGAAAGAUCUGAAGCCAAGCAUCGAAUUUCAAGAGAAGGCUCUGAGGAAGCUUGGAAUGCUCCGCCAGAGUUCUGCAAACUUUGGCAACGCCGGGGCGGUGGAAAAUCUCUUGAAGUCGGCAAUGCUCAAGGCAUCGGCUCAAGGCAACGGACUUGCCUUGCAACCGGAUGACAUCGACGUUGGGCCAGAGGCCGACCUUCACGAGGACCCCUUCGCUCCCCUUGACAAGCUCUAUCGAAUGGAAACCGUGAAGCAGAAGCUCCAACAGCUCAGCAAUGCUUUCACGGUGGCACAGCAGGAGGGCUCGGAGUUGCCUGAGCUGGGUCACUUCGUCUUCACCGGGGCGCCUGGCACUGGGAAGACUACAGUGGCACGUGUUAUGGCCAGGAUUCUGUUCCAGCUUCGCCUUCUUGGAAGUGAGAACGUACAAGAAACCUCGGGGCUGAACCUGACUGGCGAGUAUGUGGGGCAAACGAAAAAGAAGGUGGAAGAGAAGCUGGACGCGGCCAAAGGUGGCGUUCUCUUCAUUGAUGAGGCUUAUGAACUGGGCAAAGGGCGCUUCGGUGCAGAGGCCUGUACAGCCAUUGUGGCGGCCAUGACAGAUCCGAAGUACAAAGGCUCGAGUCUCUCGGAAGAGUGCUUUGGAAGAAAAGACAGAGCGCUUUAG